GUCCCCCGCAGCCAAUGGGCUUCGUCCACCUCCCCUUCCGUCACCGCGUGCCUGUGACGUCAGGGGCGGGGCGUGGAGGGAGGGACGGGAGUUGGAAGGCCGCUCCGUCGCCCGGAGGAGGGGAACGGGGAUCAAGAUGGUCUACAUCGCGAACGGACAAGUGUUGGACAGCAGGAGUCAGUCCCCAUGGAGAUUAUCUUUGAUAACAGAUUUCUUCUGGGGAAUAGCUGAGUUCGUGGUUUUGUUUUUCAAAACUCUGCUUCAGCAAGAUGUGAAAAAGGGAAGAGGCUACGGAAACUCAUCUGAUUCCAGAUAUGAUGAUGGAAGAGGGCCCCCAGGAAACCCUCCCAGAAGAAUGGGUCGAAUUAAUCAUCUGCGUGGCCCCAGUCCUCCUCCAAUGGCUGGUGGUGGAUGAGGAAGGUAAAUGUCUGCUCUAAGAAGCAGACAACUGGACAUGCACAUUCAUAGCGGAAGGAAACCAUCAAGCAGUGGAGGGCUGACCAGUCUGGACAAGUAAAUGAAUGUGUAUGUCUAAACAAGAAUUACUCUGUGUCCUCACAGACGAAUGAGGUCGUGUUGGGAAUUCCCUCACAGGGAUCUGGCAUGACUGACAUGCAAUUCUAUAAAUGCACAUGUUUGUCUCAUUAUCUUUUUGUAUAGUUCAUUGAAAGUGUUAAUAUAGUUUAAUAAGUAAAUAUUUUUAGGUUACAUAAUUGACUACUCAUCUUUAUAUAAUUAAAACUCCAAAUUUGAAGAAAAUUAAAAGGCUAUGUAUUUAGUACUCUUGGUGUCCUUUUUCAACUUCUGAAAAUGUUCAUUGUUAAUUUGUUCUCAUAUAUAAAUAAAUCACAUUGUAUUUAUUUCA